AUGAUGGAAUUAUCCCACGAAUUAGAUUUAUACCAAGUUAACGCAAUUAAAGAGUGGAAAACGAUUGAAAUAGUUUCAACAUAUAAGAGUUACGAAGAUAGUAUAAUAAUUAAAUUAUGGCAGUUAUUUACUACUUGGAGAUUGUUAAAAAGAAAUAUUAUAAAGUAUCAUUUGUAUGAUUGCUUAAAUAAUACGUGUAACUGGAAGAUACUCCAUGAUGUAAAUUCCCGAGUCCUGCUCAUAUUGCAAGAUUCUAAAAUUGAAAUAAGAUCGGGAAAAGAUUCAUUUGCCAAUGUGGACAUCAACAUCGAUAUUAGCCAUACCCUGUCAGAGGUAUCGAAAGCUGGAUGGAAUAUUAAAAGAUACUUUAGAGCUUUAGCAAUAUCCGAUAGUCAUUCAUCAGAUCAAUCCCUCGAAGAAGAGAACGUUGGCAAACAUCAAAUUUUUUCUUUUGCCACGUCUCUCGUGGAAUACGUGCAUCUGUUUUCUCUGGCCGAUGGCAAAUAUUUGAUUUCAUUCAAUCCUAAUAGUGAACGAACUCAAUUAGAUGAUAGCGAAAAAUUGGACCAACAUUCAAAUUUAAUAUCUUAUAUGGUUUUUGUGGAGCCAUUGGUCGUGGGCAACAAUAGUUUCUCAAAAAUAAAUCAAAAUGACGAGCUCUUUGAAUUAUGGAUAAUUUCGUUUCAAGGAACCUUAUUAAGCUUCAUUAUAAAUUUGACGAAUCAAUCCUAUUUUAUGAAUUUUGAGUUCGAUUUUGUAAGACCGGUUUAUUCCGCGCAAUACGAUUCCAUCCAUCAAUUAUUAAUCACAGCGGGACCGAUUAAAACGAAGGAGAGUUGUUCCUCACAAUCCCUUAAUCCCAAAUCUUCUGGCUUCCUACAAGGUUGGAGACGGAUAGAUUCUAUAACCGGACUUAAAGCGCUAGAUUUUAGCCUUUUUUCAACUUUUCUUCCUUAUACCUUCGACGAGGAAACUCUGGGAAAUGUCUUAUUACGCAUUUCGCCCAAUCAAGAUAAGCUUGCAAUUUUAGUUGUCACUAAGUGUGAUUCAAAAACGCAGAAUAAUUCUCGAAGUUUGUUGAUCGUAUCUGGUUUGCCGGGGUUUGGCAUUUUGUCAAAAGUCGUUUUAAGCGAUGGUAAGAUUGUGCCCGAAAAACAAGAAAUAACUUUUGUUUGCGGCAUGGAAUGGUAUUCCGGACCCAAAGGACAAAUAGCCUUCUUGUGGAACGAUGGCAUAAUGUGUAUUGAAAACGUGAUACCCGAAAAGGAGAACAAAGAAUUUACGAUUGUUAAUCAAAAGCGUGGCGAUAUUCGCUUCGUUGCAAGGGGACUGAAUAAUGCCAUAAAAUUUUCGAAACACGAUAAUAAAAGCUGCUUGGUUCGCGUGAACGACGGAAAACUAAUGUUACUCGAGUAUAAGUACGAAACGAAUAAAAGCCGUUCUAACGCUAAUCACAACGGAGCUCACGUCGUACCUAUGUAUGGAGGCGAAAAUGUAAUCGUUAAAUAUAUCACGGAUUAUUUGAACCAAAAUAUUUAUCUAAAUAAAUAUUUGGACUUGUGCGCUAUAAAACUGGGCUUAAAACCAACCACUGAAAGCUUAUUGAGCAGACACAAACUUUACCUUGUAGAAUCCACGACUCCACAGGAUUUAUUUGAGCGCAAAAUAGACAAAAAGGAGUUUGCGGAAGCGUUAGCACUAGCCAACGAAUACGGGUUGGAUAAAGAUAGGGUUUAUCAGAGUCAGUGGCUUUCAUCACGAAAGGCUAAACAAGAUGUUGACAAAUAUUUGGACAAAAUAUCCGAUAAGUCAUGGGUUAUAGACCAAACCUUAAUUUGCCUGCCUUUCACGUUACAAGAUACGGAAGAUUUAUUGUUGUACGGGCUAGGGAAAUUGAAGAUACUAAAGUUGGAUCGUGAUGAAGGCAAAAGGACAAAACUAAUAAAUAUACAAAUUGACCAUUUGAAUGCUAGAUUUUUCCGAUAUUUGUUUCGUUUGCAAAUAUACAAAAAAAUAUUGGAAACUACCCAAAAACUGACUAACUAUAACUCGGCAUACUGGGGAUAUUUUAGGACGGCUAACAUAUUCGAAGCUAUGGUCAAUAUAUGCCAAACUAGCGAUUCAAUCCUAGCCGCUCAGACCUUAACUGUCAUUUUGUCUUCCCUGAGCACUUACAAAUGCGGGCACAUUAUAGAGCCCCAUUGGUUGCUCAUCAUUUCCAAUUUGUCGGAGAGUUUGCCCGUAGAGACGUUCGUUAAGUUAUUGCCUUCUGGACAUGUAGACACCGAGGGGCAGAUAAUAUUAACAAUGAACAUUGACAAUCAUAACUAUUUCGGAUCCCCCUUCACUCCCGAUUUUUUCCUACCUUGCAUCGAAUUGGAAAUUGAGGACGAUGCAUCCAUCCUUUAUUCCAACUUAAAUGAUCAAGAUUUAAAUUUAUUCAAAAGCUAUCCCAUAACACCAGCUACAUUGUCAAAAUUUGUCAAACACCGCGCCAUUGGCAUCGAAAAAAUUUCUAGGCUUCCAGACAUCGCCCUCAAACUCGUAGAUUUUGGCAUUAAAAAUAAUUUGGCAGGUCUACAAUCGAUUAGACAUCGGCUCAGAAUAUUGAAUAUUUUAGUUUACGAUUGUCAAUUAAACUCUAACUCAACCAUCUCCAAUCAUAACUAUAGUUCCGAUUUAACACUCGAAGAUUUAAAUCGUAUGGAACCUAGUCAAAUAAUUCAGAUAGCCAUGAGCGAAGGGGCGACAUCCAAAUUAGACCUUUUCCCUGAUACCAACAAAAAAUUAAUCCCUGCCGGUUAUGACAAGGGAGGCCGCCAAGAUAUUCAAAAAAAUUACGCGCCACUUUCUGCGGAGAGCGAAAAAUCUGUUAAUUUUAGGCUUAAAAUCAGAAAAUAUCUUCUACCUUUGUUGGACGAAUACUACGAAUUCAGCCUAUACUUAGUUAUUUCCACCUCUGACACGAGCAACAGAGGCGAAAUUAUUAAUAAUGACACGGCGAAUAAGGAUGGUGACGACUAUGGAUACGCGAAGAAAAAUGAAGGAAUGUUUAAAGACCCUUACGUCCUGAAAUUGAAUCUGCUGAAUGAUUACGUUAAGCAUUUGGUUUCGAGCAAAGAUUUCGAUGCCAUACAUUUGCUGGUGAAUGAUUUAUUAAAACCAUCCGACAAUUUAACGAGAGACGCCAAAAUUCGAUUAUCGUCUAAUGACGGUUCUUCUCUUUUAGAUGUCAAAAUAUUUUCUUCUCCCGAUAUCUCCACCAUCGAGCCGCUAAAACCAUCGGGGCAAGUAGCACGACACGUUUCUUAUUUUUUUGAAGACUUUUGCCGGAACCUGUUACUAAAUUGCAUGAUUCCUUACGCAGAUUACAAGUACGCGAUCAUCUGCGGGGAUAUACUGGAUAUCUUAGAGAGGUACCUUCUUAAAUUCGAUAUUUAUCAUCGACCCAAACUUUCGGCCUCGGAUCCUAAAGCUAUCAAAAACAUUAUCGGUGUUGGUUUGGAAUCAACUAAACCCAAGUAUUAUCCUGACAAGACCACCAGGCAUAAACUUUUAGACAUCAUUAAAUGGAUUCGGAAUCAAUUCAGAGCCAUGAAGAUAAUGAACAAAUACGACAUCAGCCUGGAUGUUUCUCAAUUGCAAAAUAUUAAUCAAAAGUGUAUCUCGAUGGAUGUCACGAGUCGGUGCAUUCCAUUUAUAGAUGAACUGGUUCACAAAAUGGCCCAAAAAUCAUUACGCUUUCCUUUGUCCCGUACGUUUGAACAUUGGGAACUGAUGUAUCAUGAUUUGAUGCAAAUAAACUCUCUAACACUGACUCCUUCAAAAAAUGGAAAUGGAAUCCCUUUACCCGUCAGAUCUCUCCUCAAAUUUAUGCUGAGCUCGGACGAUACAUUUAGCGAUGAGUUUUCCAAUCUUGAUAAUCCUAAUUCUCCCACCGAUUUAGAUAUCCAAGUCUCGACAUAUCACGAAUCAGCUGUCACAUUAGAAAAUCAGCACUUUUUGGUGCCCUUAGCUAGAGAUAUUUACUGUCUUAAUUUAGAGGAAGAGAAAGAAAAUUACUCUAAUCUUCAAGAAAUGCAAAAUUUGAGAAUUUCUAAACUCAAUGAUAUAAGAACGAUAUUGAGCGAAGUUGUAUCAGAAUAUAUUAAUUCAGCUGUCGAUUGUACCGAUCGGCAGAUAGAAUUGGCCAAAUUUUGUCUCCGAAAAUUUAAGGAUAUCUUAGCCAAUCCCGAUGGUGCUUUACUGGCUCGGUUAGAGAUCGAAAAGGAAUUGAAAUUUUUGCGUGCCCUUGACAUAAUCAAACACGACAUCAAGGCCGAUUAUUGUGUGCCUUUGCAACUCAGACUAGCGGCGCAAAAAGAUAUCAAUGAUAUGAUGGGAAAAUAUAUAAUCCCAGCAUAUUUUUCGCGCAACUAUCCAUCCGUCAACGCUGAUAAAUUUUUCAGAACCUUAGAAAAACUGGUCGAUUUGUUAGAACCUCUCGGGCCCCAGCAUCCUCGCGGAAAAACAUCCCUAAAAUUUAAAUUGUAUCAAACUUUGGCCGAAUAUUCUUUAGUCAAAUUAGAAGAUAUUAACCUGGCUUCUACCUAUUGCCUCAAAAUUAGGUCGCUUUAUUACCGUUCUCUCGAUAAUGAUACGGUUAUUAAACCGGAAACGGAUACCUUCAAUAAAAAGAAAAUUGAAGCGAGGGAAGAAUAUAGCGACGUCGAUUUUUGGCUAGUUUGUUAUCAGACCGGGUUUAAAUUGAAAGAGUCUGGAGAAGAAGAUUUGGAUUUGAUAGCGUUCGCGUUGAGCAUAUGUCCAGCCAUUGAAAUAAGCACUAUUUUGGGAGCGCGUAAAACGUUGGAUAUUUAUAAAGAUUCGGGCCUUGACGAUUUAGAUGACCAAAAAAGCAAUUCGAAGAUAGUAGAACGCGUGAGUCAGAAAGUAUCCCACGUUUUCGCCUACAUCUCCGAAUUAUCUCCCCGUCAGUCUGUUAAGCCCUCGAUUGCUGAUUUUAGCGACGCAAAUAAUAAGUGCUCCACUGAUUUCGAUUUGUAUCGGAAUGCUUAUUUCCUUUUCAUCGACGAUUCCGCCGAUGAAAAUAAUUUUAACGAUUUGGUGGGUGUGUUGCGCCAGAUAAGCGGCCUAAUUAGUUUGACGUUCUCGACCUUGCAAGAUAAACACGAUGAUAGUUUGUUUUCAGGGGACCAUUCAAAGACGAAAGAUGAUCUAACAAAUGUGACUCGAGAAGAGCGGCUAAAAUUUAGGAGAGAUUAUGAAAUAUGCUUAGGAAAGUUCUUGGAAGUUUUGUUCUUGAUCAUUUGGAACUUGAGCACGAGUUACCUCAAUUCUGACGGAGAAACUGUAUCAUUGAUCCUCCCAUUGUGUCACGUCGCCUUGUGCUUGUCAUUGCAAAAUAACAAAUCUAUAGAUAUCGAAAGUAUACUCGCCAAAUUUACCACUCUGGAUGAUCUAUCUCCCCUAAGAAAACUGUGUUUACUCAUCGCGAUUCACUCCUAUGCAGUCAAUAAUAGCACAAGUCAAAAUAACCUAAUAUUUUCUUCUAGCAGCCAUCAUAUCUUAGCAUACGUGUCCAAAGCCAUUGCUUUAAGUUUGGAGCGUGAUAAGGCAUCGGCGGCUUAUGCAUCUUCAAAAGAUAAAACUUUGAAUUACUCUUCUCCUCCUGGAGAAAAACUACUCGACUGCUUGAACCGUUUAUCGCAAUAUCACGACCUCUCCCUAUUGACCUCGUUCAAUAAAGGCAUUAACCUGGAUUAUUUUGUAAACGAUAGAGCCUACAUGUUGGACACUCUCAACGGAUUAGCACUCAGCAGCGACGAGUUACUCUUCGACAGAACACUUGAUUUGGCGCGUAAACUUAAAGCUCCCCUAGUUGAUAUUUACAUCAACCAUUUGGAACACCUAUUAUCUUGCGAUGACGUAGACGUUAACCAUAAAACUCACGUUGUCUACGAAAAAUUACUUCCCGUAAUCUUACAAAAUCUUGAAUACAACAAAAAUCUUGUCCCAGAAAAGGACGAUUUAUUGUUGAAUUCCGAAAUUGGCGCAAAUCAUAACAACCCUUUGUCCUUAGCGAAUAAUUUAUGGAAAAACGUUUUACCCCUUAUGGACCGGUCUGAUCUUGGGGGACUCGCUUUAUUUUUCGAUUCAGUCAAGAAGAUUUUGAUCUUCGCUGACGGGAACGAUCAAUCAUUAGUUCCAAAACGUCUGUUGGACAGGUUGGAUCGCCAUAUUCGUGCGCUAAAGAAUUGCCAAGAAUUAGAACAACUCGUUAAUAAUGGUAACAAAGGAGUUUACAAAUUAGACUAUUCGGCCGUUUGCGAUCUCGAGAAAGAAGAACCUUCCACGUUGGAAACUCUUCUUUAUAACGAGCCAUCCCAGGAGCCUAGCAUUAACACAAUAUGCAACGAAUCAAUCCAUAGUCCUCCUCGAAUCUCGGAAUCUCCUGUUCGUGACGCAAAAUUAUUUACCACUUUGAAAGGCUUAACCAGGUUUUAUAUUCUCAACAGAACGGCAACCGAAUUGUCUAGCAAAGUUAAAGAAGAUCCACGGACUUUCCUUUCUAAAUGCGUUUCUUUUGCUUCUUCCGAUUUUGAAAACCUUCAAGGAAGUCGUCAAAAUGUGCCUGGUCUCGUGUAUUCGACUUGGUGCAUCGAAUCUUUUUGGGCGGCGGUACAAAAAAAGUAUAUGUCGCCAAAUAACAAUCGCUCCCUAUUGAACGAAAAGGAUUCUUUAAAAUGUCUAAAACCGUGUUUUUCUUAUUUGCCCUUGCUGAUGCCGCGUAGAAAUUUGAUGUUGACUUUCGUAGAUGACUGCUUUUUCGGCUCUGAUCGGAAAUUGGCAGGGAGGGAGGAUAUGAUUUGCAGAGAUUUCCUAUCGCUUAGUGGUCGCCUCGCAUGUUGCAAAACCAUCUUAGACUUUGUUACCAGUUUAGGAAGCGACAGUGAUGCCAUUGAACCCGACCAAAACCUAUUGAUCGAGGAAAUUAGCAAGAGAAUUCAACAUUUGGAAAGCUUGGAUGACAAUGUCUUGAUAUACCUUAAAUCCAAUACCGAUCCUAGGAUCAGGGAUUAUGAAUUAUCUUACGAUUUGACUGCUGGUGAUGAAAAAAGAAUGAAACAAAUCUUGAUUAAAAUGUUGAUGAACAAAAUGAAUGACAGUUUUAUAUUCGCGGCCCUGGCAAAUUUCAUUAAAAACCGCAUCGAAUCUUCGACAAGUAGCAAAUUCGAUUCUUCCGCCUUUAUUAGCCAAAUCGUGUUAUCAGCUCUCUCAGAAAUAUCUUCCUCCAUAGAGGAUGACAUCUUUAAUCUUUCCCCCCUCUACAAUGGCAUACCAUGGAACUUGGCCUUUUUUAAUGUAUUGGCUUACCUAAAGGAUAAUGAAAACGAUUCAUUACCCGAUAUAUAUUUCCCUUGUUUGGAGGUCAAAUUUUUCGGAAAUAUCAAACUUGAUAUAAACGAAUACCGGAUAAAAUCGUUGGAAAUUUUUAAUCAAGUAUUUAAUCGUAAUCAUACAGACACUCUUUUGGAACCUGACCCCAGAAAGGCUUCGAAAGUUUUCUCACUCGACCCAGAUAACACUUACUCAUUAUAUGCGUAUUACAGGACUCUUUCGACCUUGAUCAAAAUUUCGCAAGCGUUUCCUAAAUCCUCUACCAAAAACACCUUUGAAUUAGUAGUAACGAAAGAUGAUCCAUAUCGCUUCGAUGUCAAUUAUCCUACUGAAUCCGUUGUUAAAAAUGAGAGUUAUAACGAUAGCGUAGAUUCUGAAAAGGAAAAAUUAAACGAUACCCCCGGUGAAAAGCAUAAUUCUACUAAGCAUAUAUUAAAAAUUGUUGUAACGCCUUUUAUAUUGCUAAAUUUUGACUUCGCCUUGACCUUAGCCAAAAAAUUGAUUUCCAUUUUCGAUAAAAAAUUUACCUCUGCGCAACAAUAUUUUGAAUCCAUAUAUUCUAUCGGCCAAUUAUUUGAAGCGUGGCCCGUUAUGAGACAAAAGGAGGACCAAGCCGUUUUAGAUUUGUGGAUCAAAAUUUGCAAAAUCUGUUGUGAUAACAUAUUUUGCCCACCUCCAUCCCCUUCCAGCUUGAGGGAACGAAAGCUCAAACUGAUUACCUUGGUACAAGGUCUCGAAAAUGUGUUAGGAGAUGAUUAUCCGCUAACUUCUCUAUUAAUUGCGUAUUGUGUUACUUUGUCAGAAUCGAAAAAUGACUACCAGAUGACUAGUAAAAUAAUCGAAGAAUUUAACGAUGGUGAAAACGAGGAUGACUCCCGAUUUUAUUAUCGUGAUUUAAGAGACAAAAAAUUUGAAUACCUGAGAUUGGCCAUGUGGCUGGGGCUAACAUCUGAUUCGCCGGAAUGCCAAUCAUUGGCUCUCGAAUUAAUGGAAAAAUAUUACGAAAAACAAAUGUCAGAUAAUGGAGAUACCUCCGCAGUUGACCUCUCCAGCCACAAAAUUAUUGAUAGGAAACCAUUGAAAGAAAAAUCAGGAGGAAGUCAUUGUUUAUUGGACGAAUUUUUGAUUCAGAUUUUACUGGAAAAAAAUUUACUGAUAGCCGCUAUCAGAUUAUGUUCACAGGCCGAUUUCCAGGUUAUUCGGAAACACUUUAUCGAUACGUUAGAUAAUUGCGAUGAUAAGGAAGCCAUAUUAGCUAGCUCUAACAUCAAAUCAACGAUACAUCAACUCAAGGUCAUAGGUCUCGAGGAACGUGCUAUGUCUCUCAAAAAUUUGAUAACCGCUCCUUACGAAAAGGCUUAUACCAUUUCUGAGAGAUCGAAUAAAGAAAACGCCUUUCAUAUUGGUCAUCUAGCCAAAUCUACGGCCACUUCCGCCUCUCAAUCCUUGCUUUCUUUAGUGGGUAAAAGGUCAUCCCUCUUUUUCGGUAAGGAGGAUAAUAAAACGACCCAGAAAUAGAUUAUUUUGGUUUAGAAUGUUUAAUUUUUUUUCCGUUCUGUUUUAUAUAAAUUUUACCUUACGGUAUUUUAGUUUUGUUUAUAAAAAAAGAAAAUUUAACCCAACUUUAUGAUUGAUAUGAUUAGUACCGAUUAACAAAUAUAUAUAGAUAACAAUUUUGUAAUAGGACAUUCAUUUUUUAUUAUUUUUUGACUCUUCAAUGAUGUGAAUUAUUAUAAUGUAUUAUAUGAUGUACAUUCAUUGACUUCUUAUAUGCUGUUGUCUAAGUUAUGAAUAAAUAUAUAGAAAACCA